GCUUCGCGCGGCUUCCCAAGCACCACCCGCGCCUGGAGACGUGGAGAGUGAGCGACCUGCGCAAGCAGUCCGCCUUUCUGGUGCAUGGCGAGCCACGGCAGGCCCAGCUCACCUCGCAGGUGAUGGCCUUGGCAACGGGCCAGGAAGUGCUCCAGGCACUGGAGGUGGCCGAGGCGCUGAACGUGGCCCACAUCUCCGCCGCCUUGAAGAGGUGCCGGCAGCUGAGAGAGCCGGAAGCAGCAUCCGACAUCUUGGAGUUGAUGAAAAGCCGCGGCAUCCGCGCAAUCCUUGCCGUUGCCGUCGAGAUGGCCACCUUGUUGAACGUGUCCGGGCAGCACGAGGAGGCACUGCGCUGGGCAACCCUGCAGCACCCUCUGCUUGAAGGCAGUCUUGGCUUGGCAAUGAAUCCCCUCUGCUACAACGAGGCCAUGCGUGCCUAUGGAGGCUCCGGGAACGGCUCCCUGGACCGCUGGGCAAACCGACGGCCCGACUCCAGCAGCGAGGAGAACACUGAGUCCUCCUUGGAGGACGUGCUCUCCAGGCCGCAGUCGGCGCAGGUCGCGCGCCCGCAGGAGCUCUCGGGUCUCAGCGGCCUCAGGGAGGAGGACACGGAGGCUCACUGCGCCUCUCCUUCCGGCACGCCCGUCCAACUUCAGGUGGACACGGGCUUGGGCGGCUUGGGUCACCUGAAGCCGCCCUCGCCCUCCAGCAAAGCGAAGCUUGUAGCCCAGAAGAGGAUGAACAUGAAAGGAACGAAGGACUCGCAGUCGACGACGUCGCUGGAAGGAAAGGGCCAAAAGGCCCUCAAAGACCUCCGUGACGAUGUUGUCGUGGAGCGUACGGAGGAGGAGCUCGUGAUCGAUCGUGAAGAGCAGCUGGCAGAAGGCUACGGUCUCCGCGCCGUGUCCAUGAGAAAAGCAGCUGGCAAGGGCAUGGACAUCGAGAAGUUCGGCCCCUUUAGGCGCUUCUGCCAUGACUUGAUUGUGUGGAACGGUUUCGACACAGUGAUCGGCCUGGUCAUCAUGCUCAACGGUGUGACCAUCGGCAUCCAAGCGCAGUAUUCGGCCAGAAUCCCGAGACAAGCCGGUUGCAAUCCAGACUGCAGCGGAUGUCUUGAGGGAACGGUCUGCCUUCCCUCUCCCGUGUGGAUUGCAAACAUCGAGUGGUUCUUCCUCGUGAUCUAUGUCACCGAGCUUUCGCUGCGCUUCUUCGUUUUUAGGCUGCCUGUUCUCCGAAGCAACUGGGUGAAACUGGACUGCUUCCUGGUCUUAUUUGCCAUCGUGGACGUCGUACUCUCACAGGUUGACGUUGGUGGAGAGUUAUUGCAGCAGCUUAUGUUGGUGCGCAUGUUCCGCUUGGCCCGUCUGGCUAGGGCAGUUCGCUUGCUGGUCAUGUUCCAGACUUUGUGGAUGUUGGUGCAAGGUCUGCUGCACAGCGUGAUGACACUGUUUUGGACGUUCGUGAUGAUCAUCAACCUCGUGUUCAUCUUUGCGGUUUUGGGCAUGGAGCUGAUCUCCGUGGAUCUGACCCUGCCGCUUGACCAUCCCUUCAACAUCGCCGCCGAGAGGAACUUCCGGAGCUUGCUCGAUGCCUCCUUGAUCCUACUCCAGUGCUUCUGCUGGGACAGCAUCAGUGGAGUGUACCGACCGCUCAUCAAGCACAGGCUCGAGCUCUUCCUGUACUUCAUGGGAGUACAGCUGAUUCUGGCCAUUGCGCUGAUGAACCUGGUUACAGCAAUCAUGGUUGAAGGCUCCCUGGCCCAGGCUGACGAAGACAAGGAGGCGAAGAAGGCGUAUGCCAGUGCAAAGAGGACGAAGCAGAUGGGAAAGCUGCAAGACAUGUUCCUCGAGCUCGACGAAGAUGGCUCCGGCGAGCUGAGUAUGGAAGAAAUCGACAACGCGCCACCCGCCAUGCGGCAGAAUCUGAUGGAAAUCGCUGGAACCGAAGACAUCGGGUCCCUCUUUGAAAUGCUGGACUACGAUGGAAGCGGAACAGUUGGGACGGAAGAAUUCUGCGACGGCAUCAUUAAGGCUGCGAAUGGCGUGACUCCCGUGGAGAUGAGCCGCCUUAUGAAGCAGAAUACCGACAUCCUGCACAACAGCCGGUCCAUCAUCUGCCUUCUUAGGGGGGAGGAGGUCGACCUGGGUUCUCUGGACGGUUCCGAUGAGGAGGGCAACAAGCCUGCGCCAGAUUCCUCUCCGCCGAAGCGGCGUCGCAGCAGCGUCGCCUUUCAACAGGCGCUCGCCGAGGGGAGGGCCGAUGACAUCGGUGACCAGAUGCUGGGUCACUGUUGA